AUGUUCAGAGCUAUUAGACACCUCUCGACGGUAUCCGCUAUGCGGCUGGCUGAUGUGGUGAUUAUUGGUGGGGGUCCUGCGGGUCUGACGCUAGCCUCUGCUCUCAAGGCUUCGCGAUCAACCAGUCAACUCAAAGUUGAACUGAUUGAGGGUGGGAAACUGUUGGAGGGUUUACGUGAGUUUGGCAAUUCGCCACCGGAGGAUAUUACAAACAGAGUGGUGAGUCUGACGCCCGCAACUGUCAAUUAUUUGGAGAAGAUAGGCGUUUGGGAUUUCAUUCGCUACGAGAGAAUUGAAGAAUACGACAACAUUCUGGCAUAUGACGGCGUCACCAACUCGAGAAUUGAGUUUGAGCAUGUAGGAAUUGCCACAAUGUGUGAGAAUUUGAAUCUUCAAUCGGCGUUGCUGGCUAAGAUUGAAGAUUUGGGCGAGAGUGGAUGCCCGCUGGAUAUUCAUGACUCAACGAAAGUUGUCGGUAUAGAUUCAGCCGGUAACGGAUGGCCAGUGGUGGAGCUUGAUAAUGGUGAACGCAUCCAGACGCGUCUUCUAGUUGGUGCUGACGGCUUCAACUCCCCUGUAAGAAAAUUUGCCGGUAUAGAGAGUAGGGGCUGGUCCUAUAAUCGGUGGGGAAUAGUUGCUACGCUGAAUUUCAAAGUGGAUUCUUUCAGACAAAUAACGGGAUGGCAGAGGUUUUUGCCCUCGGGUCCAAUCGCGCUUCUGCCACUCCCAAACGACAUGGCUUCUUUGGUGUGGUCGACCACGCCUGAACUGGCAAACGUUCUCUUAAAGCUUUCGGAAGAGAAAUUCGCCGCGAUGAUCAAUGCUGCCAUGAAACUGGACCCAGAGGAGAUGAAAUAUCUUUACAAACUGGCAGAGGAAGACGACAACUCACUUGUUGACUCGAUCAGUUGGAGACUGUCUCUUUUCAACAAUAAGCUCCAGCCCGAGCAACACGAGCUGUAUCCCCUUGAAAUUGAGUCGUUAGUACCAGGAUCCAGAGCUAAGUUUCCGCUGAAGAUGUCACAUGCAGAUACCUAUGUUGGUCCGCGUAUAGCGCUAGUAGGUGAUGCCGCUCACACCACACACCCACUUGCUGGCCAGGGUCUCAACAUGGGCCAAGCCGAUGUUCAAUCGCUCGUCAAUUGCAUCGAGACGGCUACGGAACGUGGUCUGGAUAUAGGCAGCACAUUGGCUUUGGAGCCUUAUUUCAGUGAGAGAUGGCCCAUCAACAACGCCAUGUUGGGUGUAGUGGACAAGCUCCAUAAACUGUUCUCCACUGACUUUACGCCGGUGGUGAUGGCGAGGUCUUUUGGUCUUGACGUUCUCAAUACGGUUCCGUUUGUUAAGGACUUUCUUGUGGAUCGGAUGAGCAGUAAAUGA